AUGGAGAUGUCCGAUUCCAGCAUCCCACAUUUUCAGCCUCUCACGCUCCCUGGGCGGUUCCCAGAGAGCGAUGUUCGUGGCGCUGCCGCCAGAGAGGCCGCAAGUGGCCGUCAAACAUAUCUGAGCUGGGAGGAGAAGCAUCGACUGCAGCUAGAGCAUCUGCAGAAGCAACAAGCGCUGCAGGAUGAGCUGGAUGCUCUCAAAAGCGACGACGAGGUCAAGCUUCAGCUCCGGCGCUACAUGCGGGCCUUGGACGCCGCUACCGCCGCCAACAUGGUCAUCUCCGACGCGGCGGAAAAGGCUCGCCACUGCCCCAGCUUCGACCUUCGGGGCCUCAUGACCAGAGUGUAUGCUCUGGCAGAGACGAUCGCAAAGGCUCUGGAGGCUGAGAGAAACGGCAGUCGCGCCGCCACCCCCGUCACCUCGCCCUUCACCUCUCCUUCAUCGAUGGAAGUGUUGGCGGCCUCGUCUUCCAGACCUGCCAGUAGCAGCAGCAGCAGCCCAAGCCCCAGCCCCAGAAACGAGGGCUCCCCUCCGUCGGCGGAGAUGGCACAAGAUCGAUCUCUUGAGCCUGUCGCUGAUUAUGCGCUGGUGGGCACGGAGACAGCUGCGACGCCGCCGUGGCCGGCUCCCAGGCAGAGUGCCAAGGCCAAGAGGAUGACAAGGCCGGCCACCGAUGGUCCGACCGUCACGCGAUCGGGAAGAACGGUCAAGCCGCCUAAGAGGCUGAGGCAGUGA